AUGGGCGCGUGCAACUCGUGCGAGGCGACGGCCGUGGCGGCGGUGACGGGAGGCGAGGCGACGGCGGCGAGGGUCGUGCUCGCGGACGGCGAGCUGCAGAGGUUCCCCGGGGGCACCCGGGCGUCGCACGCGCUCAAGGCUUCGGACGCCGCCGCCGCCUCCCCUGUGCAGCGCCCAUGCUUCCUGUGCAGCGCGGACGGGCUGGAGCUCGGCGGCGCGGUGGCCGCGCUGGCGCUCGACGAGGAGCUGCAGCCCGGGCAGCUCUACUUCGUGCUCCCCGCGGCCAUGCGGCGGCGCCCGCUGCAGGCGGAGGAGAUGGCGGCGCUCGCCAUCCGCGCAAGCGCCGCGCUAGCGGGCGACCACGACGGCCCGCUCGUGUUUCCGGAUUCGGUCCCAGGCGCCGUGAAGGGGUCCCGGCGCCGCUCGCGGAGGACAGCCAGCCUGGGGCGAGACUUCGUGCCGGACCUCGGCUCCAUUAUGGAGUAGCUAGCCGGUUUGCCGUCCGGCGAGGAUCGGCCACCGGGGAGGAGACUUUGACUAAUGCUAAUGUAGCGUAGCUUAGCUGGCC